CACCACACGCUUCGUUGGCCAAAACUUCAUAUAAUUGCUAUCGCGAAAUCACCAUCGUCUUCGAUCUCUCAACUCUGAGAUUCCCAACACAAAUUCAUCUUCACUACACAAACCAACCACCCAAUUCAAUCCUUUUUCUCUCUUCAAUUUCCUGUCUUUCAAUCCCUCUUUUGCACUUUCACACAAACCCUAAAUCCACACAAACCCUAAUCACCAAGAACCAUGCUUUCAUCUCCAGGCCACUCACCACUCCACCUCUCUUCCCCAUCCCCAUCACCAUCACUCUCUGAAAACCCUAACAAUUUAUCUUCUUCUUCAGCAAAAAACCCUAAAAACCAACCCAUCGUCCUCGAUGAAGACACCUAUGCCGCCUCAAUCGAGAAGAUCAUCGAGCGUGACUUUUUCCCUGAUAUCCCCAAGCUUAGAGACCGUCUCGAUUGGCUCGAAGCUGUGCGGAGCGGUGAUCCUGUUCAAAUUCGCGAUGCCCAGUUGAAGAUUCUCGAGCGCCGAGGCGCGAGGGUUUCGUCGAAUCCAGACGAUACGAUUCAAGGUAAGAGUCUAACGCCCGGGUCGACUUUUUUUAGAACAAGUACUCCUUUUGAAUUGGAUAAAACUCCUAGUGUAGUGAAUAAUGAGUUUUCGGGUGGUGGUGAGUCGAAUGAUGGGUCGGUUGAUGUGUCGUUGACGCUUGAUGAGUUUUUUAGGAGGCAUACUAGUGAGGAUAAUGAUAGUUUUUCGAAAAUUAUGGAGAAGGUGAACAGGAAGAGGAAGGAGAGGUAUGGGUUUUUGAUUGAAGGUGAAAAGGAGGAAGUGGGUUUGAUUGAGGAUGCAAAGAGGGAGCGAAUUACGGAUGGGUAUGGAACGUCGGAUCAGCCUCCGAGUACGUUGGAAGGGUGGAAUUAUACGGCUAAGAAUUUGUUGAUGUAUAAUCCGUCUGAUCGGGGCGAAGCUCCAUUAACUGUGGCGGAAAGGGCAGAGAGGCUUAAUGGAUUAACGAAGGAAAUUAGUCGGUCUAAUACCCGUUUCCAUGGCAAAAUGAUGGAUUCUAGGCCAAAAGAGGAAGACACUGUUGCAGUGCUUUAUACCCCUGUUCCUGGGGCAACUCCAGUUCCAUUCUUUUUCUCAGAUAGAGAAACAGAUAAAUUGAAGAGGUAUGAUUUGGAAGAUUUGAGAAAGACCCCAAAUCAAUUUUAUGCGCUGGAGAGGAGUGAGACUGAAACCAGCAGAGCGGACACCACAGGAGGAGAAGAUGGUGGCUCGAUGUCGCCAUUGAUGAACAAAUAUGUGUGAGGCAGAGAAGAGUUCAGCUAUGACUUUCUGGCAGCGGAGUGAAGGUACGUGUAGAGGUCCGGCGGGCGGUCAAGACGAGGUUGCCGCCCGCCGGUGAAGCAAAUUAUUAGAUUCUAAACCUGCUCUGAUAC